GACGUCCCCGCAGUAACGCGGCCUAGGCUGGGCCUGGUUGUGAGGCGCGUGGGGCGGGGCGGGGCUGUGCGGCCGCCCACCUUCAUGGAGACAGGAGCGGGGUAGUGCGGCUCAAGGGCAGUGCUGGACUAGCCUAGCGUGGAGCCGGGACAAGUGCUUGAAACCACUGGAAGUUCUUCCUGGGUGGACGGUCCAGGGAUGAUGCCUCCGGGAGCUGCCCCAAAUCACCCCCUACGCCUGUCCUUUGCGGGGGUGAUGUUCCUGCUCCCAACCAUGCCCCGCCUCUUGUGACUACAAGAUGCCUUUUGUUGUCGUCCUCGAUGACAUCUUUUUCUCAGCGUUUCACAAGCUUGAUCAAAUCGGACGUCAGGUUGCUCUCGAUCCAAAGCAGAACCUUGUCGACAAAGCAUUUUUUAAGGCGACCCAGAUGAGACAUCGGACAAGAUCUGUCCACACCCUGAGAUGGGAGAGCAGGGGCCGUGUUAAAGACCGGAAAGCUGCUGUUCUCGUGAAUCAGCAGUUCGGUUCUUUCUUUCUUUUUUUAAAGUCAAUUUUUGGCUUAAGAACAAAGACUUGUAGACGUGUUUUUCCUUUCACGUUGCAGAUCCUGCUGCCCUAGGGCGGUGCUCAGCUCUACUCCCAUAGCAAACCAUGGCAAGGGCUUUGGCAGCAGGCAGUACAGCACACAGAGUGAUUGUGCAUAUUGACCUGGAUUGCUUUUAUGCACAAGUAGAAAUGAUCCAUAAUCCUGAAUUGAGAGAGAAGCCUUUAGGUGUACAACAGAAAUACUUGGUUGUAACCUGCAAUUAUGAGGCUAGAAAACUUGGAAUUAAGAAACUUAUGUCUGUCAGAGAUGCUAAGGAAAAAUGUCCACAGCUGAUACUAGUUAAUGGAGAAGACUUAACUCCUUACAGGGAAAUAUCAUACAAGGUCACAGAACUAUUGGAAGAAUUUAGUCCACUGGUGGAAAGGCUUGGGUUUGAUGAAAAUUUUGUGGAUAUCACAGAGAUGGUAGAGAAGAAACUAGGACAGCUACAAAGGGAUGGAUUGUCCAAAGUGUCUGUGUGUGGUCACGUGUAUAAUGAUCAAUCUAUCUGUUUACAAGAUAUGAUGCAUGUAAGACUUAUCAUUGGAUCUCAGAUUGCAGCAGAAAUGAGGGAAACCAUGCACAACAGACUGGGUCUUACAGGGUGUGCAGGAGUGGCUUCUAAUAAGUUGCUAUCAAAACUAGUAUCUGGUACCUUUAAACCAAAUCAACAGACAGUACUUCUGCCUGAGAGUUGUCACCACCUAAUAGAAAGCCUUGAUCACAUCAGAAAAGUGCCCGGCAUUGGCUUUAAGACUACCAAGCGCCUUGAGUUGCUGGGUCUCAGUAGUAUACGUGAUCUCCAAACCUGUUCUCCUGAGAUAUUAGUAAAGGAACUGGGAGUUGCAGUUGCUGAGCGGAUCCAAAAACUCAGCUGUGGAGAGGAUGAUUCUCUUGUGACCCCCUCUGGACCUCCACAGUCUUUUAGUGAUGAAGAUUCCUUUAAAAAAUGUUCAUCAGAAGUGGAAGUUAAAAAGAAAAUUGAAGAAUUACUCACUAAUCUUUUAGACAGAAUACACAAUGAUGGAAGAAAACCACGUACAAUAAGAUUAACUAUUCGUCAGUUUUCACUAACUAAUAAAUGGUUUAAUCGGGAGAGUCGUCAAUGCCCUAUUCCACCGCACAUCAUCCAGAAAUUUGGGACAGGAACCUAUGAUGUUGUGUCCCCACUGGUUGAUAUCCUUAUGAAGCUGUUUCGAAAGAUGAUAAACGUGGAGAUGCCGUUUCAUAUUACCCUUCUGAGCGUCUGUUUCUCCAACCUCAAAGCCCUGCCUAGCUGCACCAGAGGAUCCAUCGGAUUUUAUCUAACUCGGACAUCAUCCCAUGCAAGUGCUCGCACAUGUAUUCAAGAAAUGGAAAGUGUUCCACAAGACCAGGCACACUGUUGCAGUUCUGCACCAGCUGAAAGAACUGAAAGUACAACAGACGGAAAACCUUCACUAGAAACCAAAAGCUUCACGGAGGAAACAAGAAUUCCCGAAUACCCACUUCACUUGCUUCCUGCUGGUCUUGACCAGGAAGUCUUCAGUCAGCUUCCAGUAGAUAUUAAAGAAGAAAUUAUUUCUGGCAGCAGCGGGGCAAAGAUUCAUACAGAAAAUAUUUUGGAUCCACCAUUACUUGUUUCUACACAAGCACCACCAUAUUUUGCCCAAGAAAAAAUGCAAAACGCUUUCCCAAAUUUCCACAAAGUAGAUCAUAGUAUCAGCUUUUCAGCGUGCACUGAAUUCUUUACAUCUACCAUUGAGCCAGUGACAGCCAUGGUACAGAGGUCUACUCCAGGUUGUACUCCUGCGAAUUCCCUAAUGGAUGACUGCAUAGAACAAGAGCCCACAGAAUCACUCCAUUUCAAACAGAAAGACUCAGUUGUUUCAAGCCUGCAAAACCAACAACCUUUUCUGCACCCUCAUUAUUCAGGCGCACAGGAACAGGCUCUUGAAAAGGUUUCUCAGGCUGAAGGUUCUAGAGGACAAGAAUCACGUGAAGUAAAAAUUGUAUUCCCUGUUAAUGUUGACCCAAAGACUUUUUUUGAACUACCUACAGAAGUGCAAAAAGAACUACUGGCUGAGUGGAAGAAUCAAGAGCCUGUUUCCAAAAUGCGCAUGAAUAAACCAUGUGAAAAGCUAAAAACGAGCAAAGGAAAAAAGAAUGCAGCAUUGUGUUCAUCACAGUCUAACAGUUUACUAAGGUAUUUUAAACCAAACUGAUGACUGUUUAUAAUACAGAGAUGAUUGGCAUAAAAAAUUUCAGAUAAAACAAAAUUGCCAUAAGAACAGGCACUUAAAAGUCAAUCACUUUUACAAUAAAGAAACUUACAUUGUAACAUUGUGACUGUACAUAAAAACUCACUAAGACCAUCUCAGCAAUGAAGAGCUUCAUUAACACUACAUGUUCUUUUGUUAAAGUAGCAGACAUAUAUUUUAUUUGGUCCAACGUACAGGAUAGGGCUGGUUUCCACCUCCCCACCUCAUUCUCUCCCUCUUUCUUUGAGUCUUCCAGUUGUAUUAUCCUCAUUGAAAAGCUACAUUCACUGAAAAGUUGCAGAUACUUAAUGAGACUUGUUCUUGUAUCAGCCAAAUUGUAUUAAUUAGGCAUUGGUUUCCACUGCUAAAUCCUUUUUUUAUUAAACCCUUAACAUACAGGAAAUGCUUACUUUGUGGAGAAAAAGAUCCUGCGAACCUGCUGGCACACUGAAAAUGUAUGGCUGUUUAUGUUAAUUCUUACUUCCAUAACUGCUAGAGAAGGAGCACAGGGUGAACAGAAAACCUUCUCCAUGUGUUUCUUAAACUUUCAAAAACAUUUUUAUGAUAUGCAGCUAGAAUGGCCAAAAAGAGGUUGUCAGCAUUUCCUGCAGUUAAAACUACCAGCUGCAAAGGUUGUGGGCUCUUGAAAUUAGCAGACAAGAAAUGCCCUUUUGCUGGUCAUUAUGGUUUAAUGAAAACAUUCCCAGGUUGUUCAUGGUAAGAACAAUCCCUUUUCCAUUUCUGAAUGUCAUGGAUUUGCUGGUUUCAGGAUGCAGACAGUAGCAACAUGCCUUAAAGAGAUGUUCUUUAUAACAUACAAUAACUCAAUUCCUAGCCCAUGAAUCCACUGUUUUAUAACUACUCCAGGAUUUUUUCUUUUCUUAUGAACAUAUCAUAAGCUAACCAGUCUUAAUGUUCAGCCCUCUUGAUCAGGUCACUUAUAUGGACCUCAUUUUAACAAGUUACUUAAGGAUAGUAUUAAGUUGCUGAAGUAAUUAUAGCACCUCUCUUUUUUAAAAAAAUCUUACCAAUGAACAAUUUGACAUUUAAAAUUUAGCUAAUUACUGUUUGAAUGUAAUUUGUAAUAAAUGUAUUUACAAUUACUAAUACUUCGAGUCAAAAUUAAAUAAUUUGAGUUACAAAACUAGGCCAUGUUGCUUAAAAUAUACAUAUGUAAAACUAUAGCAAAAUAUUGAUUAGUCUGUCAGUGCAACAUACUUAUCAACACUUAUGAUAUUUUACAUAAUCAAGUUAUUUCACAGUAGCUUUAUACAAUAAAGUGCUAGUGUGUUACAAAAUACAUCACAGUGUAUUGUUACUUUUGACUUGCUCUGAAAUCUGACUCGUGUAUGUAUUUUGAUGGCAACUCAAUGUAAGUUCUAAUUAAAUCUUGUUCAAAAAACCUUUCCCUGUAAAGCAAUGAAACACAAUUAUUAUGACACCGAUUCAUAAUUUAGCAUUUAACAGAAGUACACUAAACUAAGUUUUACAUGCAUGCUUUCUGUGUUUAGACCACAUUUAAAACUAAGCUACAGAUAUUUUAUUUAUAAAACGAACUUGGGUAACAGCUGCUUGUUGUUCAAAUGUGCAAGAUCUUUCUCU